UGUGAUACAUGGUAUAUCAUGAAAUAAACUUUUACAGUGUAAUUUGGGUUGGACUUUAUUAAAAAAAUGAUAUGUUUAAAAUUUCAAGGAAUUUGCUUAAGUGGUUUAGUAAAGAGAGCAUUUUAAAGUAUGCUGACUUUUUUCUGCAAUGCCUAUUAUUUCUAUAGCAUACAUAGUAGCUUUGGGUUUAAUUUUUUACAAAGACCAGAUACAUGCUAACAAGAUAUGUGUGUAAUAUAUUCAUUUAAAUGAUAAACUAUCGAUUUCAUAUUAAAAUUCCGUGGGCUCUAUUACUAAAAGAUUUUUACAACUGUCUAAACAAUAGGAGUUUAAUCCUUAAGACUAUCUCCCUUUGUGGAACUCUUCUGAAUUAGAAACAAGAUUCCGUCCAUUAAAAAUGGCAGACGACUGUCAUCCAAAUUAUGCAUUUAAAAACAAAUGCAGUUUUUCUGCAUUUUCGAACAUCACAUGCGGAUUAUCAGCGUUUUUCCCAUCUGAAAGGGAAUUUGUUCAAAUUUCUGACUGUGCAAAAGAUGUAAGCGGGCAUCUUAGGUCUUUAAAACUUGGACAGGACAGCAUUCCAUCUGAGGGACAUUUACUUCUGCUCAGAAUUGGAUUAUUUUCGCCUGUUCUGAAUAAUUUUAAUAUAUGCCCUAAUCAUCGUGCAAAACUCGGUGUAAAAUGGAAAAGACACAGUGUGAAGUGUUCAUAUCCAGACCAUUCUCACAAUGGAAAGAUGGAACGGCCAGUGACACCACAAAUGUCUAGAUUCAUCCUUGAGCACAAAGGAGAGUUGGUGCCUGUUGGAUCAGGUUAGUUUCAGGAUAACUCACUCUCAAUUUUUAAAAAAAAAGUGAUGGUCUUUUAAUAUUACCAGGAUCAAAUCCCCCAGGGGGGUCUAUUUUUUUAAACUCUCAACACUGUUCAAGAUAAAAUAUUAAUUUUAAAAAUUGUUUUCACUAAAUUAAAUGAAGGGCUUUCAAGAUUAAUUUGUGCAGAUUGUGUUAAGAUUAAUUACAGAUGUAUAGUGUUAUGUAAAUAUUGUUGUUAUUUCAGAAAAUGCUGUAAUAUGCUCUCAAUAUAUUUACUUAUAUCUUUUUAAAUUUUUUUUAACCUUUAAUUUAAUAAGCAAAUCUUGCCAUUAAAUUAACUUCAAAGUCUUCUUUUACUGUCCAGGCAUUUGUCGGAGAUGUAGAUUUGAAUUGUACAAGGAGAUGGAAAAUUCGAACAAGAUUGAGAAUGAAUUACCACCAAAGUGUACACAUCCAGAUGUAUUGACACCAAUAAAGAUUGAGGACACUAAGGAAGUUAAUGUAGAUAUGGAAGAAAAAGAUGAAAUUUGGAAAACUGAUGAUCACCUGGAGAUAUUUUCUGAUGAAGAUUCAGUGGGUCUUCUUGGUUCUCAACCAUCAUCACAAUCCUCAUCUUGGAGUGAAGAAAAUAACAACACUCUAGAUAUUUUCAAUAAGGCUGUAACUUUGCUUGGACAUGGGAAGAUGAGCCCACUUAAAUUCAAAGUACAUCAGAGGCUGGACAGCCUUAAGCCCUCCACUACAAGAUUGCUUAAGAGAAAAGCCACAGAAGCAGUCAAUUUAGUUCUUGAGAGUAUAGCUCCAGGACAGGGAAAUGAAUUGUUAAAGCUCAUUCACGAGCCAGAGCAGCAGCAAGAAACAAGCUCUAGCAAACUUGAUCAACUUGUUGUUAAACUGUACUGUGAAAGCACAGACAAGGCUGUUAAGAAACGACUGUUGUCCAUGAUUGCUUGCUCUCAUACAAAAAAACAGCUUCAGCAGAUCAUUCCCUCAGUCACCAUGCAUGCUAUAAAUGAGGCAAGGAAACAUGCUGUUGAACAUUCUGAAGGUGCUGAGGUUCCUAAACAGAAACCAGUAUUUCAUAAGAAAAUUGAUCUCAUGAAAUUGGACCAUGCACUGGAUUUUAUCUUCAAUCCAGCAUUUCAUCAGGUUUCCUCUGUUGGUACUAAAGAGAUGAGACUAGAGGAUGGCAGCAUUGUGUCCAUUCCAGAGGUGGUCAGAACAGUCUGGCACUCAACUUUGAUCAAACUCUAUCUGGCAUAUUGUGAGGAGACAGAGUUUAUUCCUCUGUCUAGGUCUACAUUGUUCCAUAUUCUUCAAGUUUGUCCUGCUUCAAGGCGCACAAAUCUGAAGGGUCUGGACAAUAUAACAGCAGAUGGAGAGAGCUCAUAUGAUGUGCUUCUAUCAGUAGUUGCAGAUGUGGAAAAGUACAUAACAGAUGGAUUAUUGCUAAUGGAACUGAAGGAAUGCAAAGAAUCCUUGGCAUCCAGUAGAAUUUAUAUGAAAACAGAUUUUAAAAUGCAUUUGAAACAGACUGACCACUGCAGUGAUCAUUGCAUUAACCAUGCUCUAAGUGAUCCGCUUGACAUUCAGUUCCAGCAAGCAUGUACUGACCACCAACAUAAUGUUGGUUGCGACCGCUGCCAAUUACUUCCAAAAGCAGUUUUAAAUUUGAAGGAAAUCCUGAGCAAUCUCGCAGAUCUUUCCCCCAACACCAGAGAAGAAUUGUUUAUGGAUAUUGAUGCAGCGGUAACAAAGAUUCUUCAAUGGAAAAGCCACAUAAUUAGAACUAUCAAUCAGGAUACUGCUAGGACACACACACUGAAAGAUCUCCAGCCUGGUGAUAUUCUUAUUAUUAUGGACUGGGCCAUGAAAUUCUUACCAAUUACAUUUAGAGAAAAACAGAGCGACUGGUAUGGCCAGAAGGGCUUAAAUUGGCACGUGUCUGUGUGCAUUUACAAGAAUGAAAACUCAAAUUUAAAGGUGAGAUUAGUGAGAACAAUUUAA